CACUGGGAAACACUCUGUGACCAUCUCACCUGACCUUGGGAUCUCCUUUCAAGUGGAUUUGAGAAAUAUGGUGCAGAAGAAUAAAAAGAGUGGCUACCAACGACCUAUACGGCUUGCAGUAAAGGAGCAGGAUCAAUUUUUUGUAUGGCAGUGGCUGUCAGAUGAUGAAUCGUGGAUCUCCUAUGAUGCUAAAACAUCAAUCUUUCUGGAAACGGCACUUCACACGGACAGCAAGAUUGUGUCCCUUUCUCUUGGUGGCAAGCAUUAUACAAUUGAUCUCGGAGCCAUGGUGCAAAAAAAUACUCAAACGCAGUAUGAAAGACAGAUUCAGCGCUGCUUAUCUGUUGCUUUAGAUGCCUCAGCUGAUGAUGAUGAUGAUGACAGUAUUAGUAAUGGACCGUCUGCUGCAAAACGACUCAGAGGGAACAUGAGUAUUGAAAGUGGAGACAGUGAAUCAGAGGACAGCAAAGAGCACAUUAGAACCAUUGUCUUAAAGGGUAAGGCCCCCGUGGAUGCAGAAUGCUCCAGCAAGCUUGGAAAGCAUGGGGCGACUGAAGCAUGGCGCUGCCUUAUUCCCUCCCCAAACCUGCGAGCUAGGGGCAUUGUGCAUUGCUGGAUGGGCCGUUAACCUCUCCUCACCAAC